AUGAAUGGCGAUGAUGAUGAUGAUGAUAAUGUUCACGAUAGCAUCGGCAGUAGUGCAACAUUACCAAAUGCCAAUAAAAAUGACAAAAGUAGGAAUUCUCUACUCUGUUUUAAAAGAAAGAAGUCACCAUACAAGACUAAAGGUACCACGCCUAGUGACAGUAAAAUUAAGAAACCUACACUUUCAACAAAGCCUUCCAGUGAAGCUACACUUUCAAAAGAUACAACCCCUAUAAAACAUCAAGCUAAAACGUCAAGAAAUUCGCCAAUAUCUUUCACAAACAUUACUGAAAUAUCUCUGUCUAAAAAAGAAGAUGAAGUAAAAAGGAAGUCAUUCAAGGAUGAAGACCAUGGUGUCACUGAAACUACCACACAACACAGAGACAUAGAAUCACAUGAACCUGUGAAAACUGAAGUUGAAGAGGUUGAAAAGUUAUCCCUAGAAGAGUAUGUUCUUCUUCAGGAGAAUUUCGACUAUUACAACAGAAAUUCAGACCAAAGACAAGAAGAGCAGCUGGAACAACCACAACCGCCAUCAACACAACAACAACAAAUGAGUUCGGAUGAUCAGGAACUCGUCAAAAGUAAAGAUGUACCAUUUGACGGAAACCUGUGCAAAAUUCAAUCGUCAUCACAAGAUGAUGAUAUAAGCAAAUCACCCUAUUUGCCUGUCCUAACUGACCAAAAUGAAAAUCUAGAAAAUUAUCCAACAUCAAUAGGUACUGAACAGUUUGCUAUACAAAAAUAUCCCCGUGAAUGUUGUGAAUGCUGUCGAAAUCAUCAUCUUUCUAUUACAUAUUGUUCUCCAUCUUUAUUACCAGAUGACUCUGAUGCAGUGCUGAAAGAAGAAAAUAUCCUCCCGGCUGCUUUAAAUUUAAGAAUAGUCCAGUCAAUUGAUAAUACUGAACAUGUACUUGCAGAGAAUAAAAUUUCCUUGAAUACAUUAUUUCAACCAGAUGUUGAAAAACUGGAUGAAUUAGAUCCAGUGAAUGCGGUGUAUAAUGCAACUGAGCGAAAUGCCCUAACAAAACAUGAGCCUACACUGAAUCAGACAACUGCUACAAGCUCUAAAACUAUCCAACAUUGUGAACUGCCAUCUGUUAAACUCACUAUUACAGCUUCUACAUCAAGUCCACAAAAGUGUAAAUUCAAUGAAAGAAAUAAUUAUUGUAUGUGUGGUUGUUCUCUUGUUAACAAGAAUACAAAUAUGCAGCGUGAACAAACAAUCGGAAAUUCGUCAGCAGAAUGUCGAACAGAUGAGGAGUUUUCUAGACAGUACAGUACUGAGUCUAAAGUACAAUUAUCACAGUCACAACCACCAUUGCCACUGCCAUUGUCAUUGCCAUUGCCGAGAGAAUCGUAG